GCCCUCGAAAGGCAGAUGUCCAUUUGGCUGGCUAUGAUGGACUAAGCCUGCCAGCCCUGGUAGACUGCCUCCAGGAUAGCCCUCGAAAGGUAAGAAACAUCUUUUAGUUCUGUUGCAAAACGUCUGGUUGUCACGGAGGACAGUUGGUUGCAAUCUAGUAAUACGACGGGUUGAAAACCAUUUUUUAACGCGAUAAUAACGCCAUUAAGACACAUGGACCAACUACUAGUUAGAACUAAUAGUAUUGGAAUUCAGAUUUGAAUUCUGAUUCUAAUUCUAAGGUUAACCCUUAUGUGACAUGUCACUCAGUACCAUCAUGCCUAUGGUGAAAAAUGUGGUUUCUAUGGUGAUAUGAUUUCCCCACUGUUGUUAUUUGUCUCAGAACCUUGUGCCGAAGCCCCCGCAAGGCCCCAGGCCCAGCCGAGAGGCAAAUAUAGCAAAGGCAGAAAAGAAGGCCACAGAGGUUAUCAAGGCUAGAAGGUCUAGGGAGGCUAAGUCAGGGGUGAAAGAACUAAGCCGCCAAGUAGUUGGUAUGUUAGCACUGCCUCAAACUCUAACAACCAGUUACAGUGAGUAUUCAUCUCCACUUCCAAAAUACCUGGAUUUAUUGAUAGAAUUCUAAAACGAUAUAUGGUGGAAGGAUCCACUAAUGUCUACGAUCCUCUUUCUGUAGGUGUCCUGCCAGCUAUCAAGAAGGGCACUAAAGUUACCCUCCAGUCCUCCAGCUCCCUCUCCGAUGACAACAAGGAGGCACUAGGUUAGUUAUUAUGUUGUUUUUACCGUCUUUUGCACCAGCACAUUCCCCUUCUUUCUUUUCUCUUAUUGUCUGUAAUGGUAUUUUCAUUUUCUCUCUUUUUUUCUUAUUUUUCUAUACAGUGUUUGGAGACAUGUUAUGUGUGAAGAAUUACUUUAAAUCAAAUGUCAAACUCAUUCUAUAGAAGGCCGGGUUUCUGCAGGGUUUCACUCCACCCUUGAUUGAUGAAUUAGUAAGAAACUCCUCUAACCUGGUUGUCUGAAAGGAAAAAACUAAAACCCGCAGACACUUAGCCAGCCCUCCAUGGAAUGAGUUUGACACCCCUGCAUUAAAUACAUUUUGAUUUGACUAGGGGCCGUCUGCCAGGUCCUGACCACCAGGGUGGGAGACAUCCUGAACAGUACCUGCAACGACGAUUACAAGGCCAGGCUCAUCAUCCAGAAAGGUACACUUAUAACCUGUUUUGCCCAUAUGACCAGUAAUAACCAGUGUAUUACCAUUAUAGUAAAUGUACUAGAUACUGCAUAGUGUAAUACAUGGAUGUGGCUUUGAACCAGUUCAGAAUAUGAGUGUGUUUUCUUAGGAUUGGAUUCCGGUGCCAGGGAAAGGUUCCCUGACUCUCCGUGUUCCUCUUCACCCAAGGACAAAGAGGAGGUGGUUGUAAGUGCCAUGACUGUCUCAUACCCUAAACCCUCCACCUCAACCCAGGCAGCAUGGGCAGCUCCUGCCCAGACUCUGGAAGAAGAGGUGGGGGGGGCUGAGGUCUCCAAGAUGAGUGACAGCUCCCUGAUGCCCACCAAGAACAGGCAGGACCCCCUGGAGAAGAUUCCCUCCCUCCUACCAGGCAAGGAGCACAUCCUCCUUUGCAGCACUCCCUGGGCCACCGUCAUGAGCCCCCAGACUCUGAAGUUUAUUCUCCAGGGCAUCAUGUGCCGACUGGAGGCCUCAGAGUCCCCCCAGACAAGGAGGGCCAAUGACCCCUUCAGGUUGAUGAAGGAUCUCUUUGUGGAGGUCCAGCAUGCCCUGAAGUAUGCUGACAUCUCUGUCGUCUUUGGCCUGGAGGAGAGCAUCCAAUUCAGUGGUGAGGAUGCGGUGAAAGCCAUCGUGAAGACUGCGGCUAAAAGAUUGUCCCUGCGUUCGGACUCCAACCGGGCUCAACUGCGUGCCGCAUGCUCUGGUAGCGAGGCAGCCAUCAAGUGCAUGGCGGACACCAUCACACAAGUCAUAGAGGACUGGAGUUUCGAAGGCCAUUUUGGAGCCAGGAGGAGCCGUGGUAGUGGGAGGUCAUACUCCUCAACCUCCUCAAGGAGUGACGUCACCCUCACCGAGGAGCUCCUGGCUUGGAGGGAAACCCUAGAAGAGGACCUAGAGGAGAUGGCUGAUGACAGCACUGGUUUGGAAAAGACCAGGGUGAGCUCAGCCAUCUCUGAGAAGUCCCAGGUAAUUAGCUACCUUUCUGAAAGCACCAAGCCCAUCAGCAGCGCCCUCUCCACAGACCUCGAGGACAUCACCUCCACACAGGUGAGACGGCCAAGAACCAGUAGAUCGUUUUGUUAUUUGGGCUGUUUGAUUGUGAGGCAUCGACUCAUAUCUGUUUCUCUCUCUACUAAGAAGAAAGAAGCUAUGAAGAAAGAAGUGAGGAAGUCAGGAAAGAAGAAGCGAGGAAAUAACAAGAACCAGAAGAAGAACAAGGUGUCUCCUCUUGGCAAUGAUAGUACUGUGGCUGCAGAUGAGCCUAAGAAAAAACAGGCUCUCCUCCCGCGGAUCACAGCCGCCCUGGCAAAACUAUUUUGCUUCCCCUUCAAAAAAAAAAUGCAAAGAGUAACUGUACAGAAGACAAGUUUGGGAAAAACCUGCUGCCACCUCCCCCAACCCACCUUCUAAAUAAACUCUCAAAGCCAACAGAAGAGGGAGGGAGACAACCCCCCCUACUCACAACUCAUUUUAUUACACCCCAUUUCAUUCAAUAAACACAA